UCAGCUGAAGAGACACCUCUUUAGACUUCUCCACAGACUGGAGCGUUUUCAUCCACGCUCGCACGGAGACAGAGUUUAGCUGUGUUGGCUUGUUGAGCAUUGAUAAGGUCAGAGUGGGAGGGACUGCUCAGGGCAGAAUCACAGUCUUCCGUGAAAACUAUUUGAGAAGUUUAUCUUGGCGCUGCAGCUUCCUCAGUGAUUCAGGAGAACGUGGCCUCUCUGGGAAGUGAAGAGCUUCAGUCACUGAGUGACUCUGAAGGAAAUGAACAUUACCAGACAUCUCUCCUGGUUUUGCAGAUAAAGCACAGAGUACAUUUCUGAGCCAGUAUGGGAGACUGGAACUUGUUGGGGAAGCUGCUGGAAAGUGCCCAGGAACACUCCACCGUUGUGGGCAAAGUGUGGCUAACAGUGUUGUUUAUCUUCCGCAUCCUGGUGCUGGGGGCCGCCGCUGAGAAGGUGUGGGGCGAUGAGCAGUCCGGCUUCACCUGCGACACCAAGCAGCCUGGUUGUCAGAACGUCUGCUACGACAAGACCUUCCCCAUUUCUCACAUCCGCUUCUGGGUGAUGCAGAUCAUCUUUGUCUCCACGCCCACUCUCAUCUACCUGGGCCACAUCCUCCAUCUGGUCCGCAUGGAGGAGAAGGACAAGCACAAACAAAAGGAGCUUUCAAUGCAGAAUGAAACUCAGCAGCAGUUGCUUAGCAGUAAGGCCAAGAAAGGCCCAGUUAAGGAUAACCAGGGGCAUGUUCGCUUGAAAGGUGCGCUGCUGCGUACCUAUGUCUUCAACAUUAUUUUUAAGACCCUGUUUGAAAUUGCAUUUAUUGUAGCUCAGUACUUCCUGUAUGGUUUUGAGCUCAAGCCCAUGUACACCUGCGACCGCUGGCCUUGUCCAAACAUGGUAAACUGCUACAUCUCUCGCCCCACUGAGAAGACAGUCUUCAUCCUUUUCAUGCUCGCUGUGGCCUGCAUCUCCCUGCUGCUCAACCUGGUAGAGAUGUACCACCUAGGGUUCACGAAAUGCCACCAGGGUCUUCGUUACAGGCGGUCACAAGCUGCACUUGAGGCUCCCAAGCCCCAAAGCGAAGCAGUCAUGCACUUUGUCCCGAGCUACAACUACUUUGGUGGUCAUCCUACUGUACCUGAGCCUUUCCCCACCGACUCAAAGUACGGCAUGGCAGAACCCAACUCCGCUUACAGCCCUUACAACAGCAAAGCAGUUUACAAGCAGAACAGAGACAAUAUGGCUGUGGAGAGGAAAGGCAAAGCCGAAGAUGAAUCGAAGGAGAGAAAAACCUCCAGUACCGUCUGUGAGAUGCCUAUUGAAAACCACCGCAGAAACAGUCAGUCAAGCAAGCACAGCAAUAACAAGAGCAGGCUGGACGACUUGAAGAUCUAGGGCCUUCCACCUUUGAAUCCAACACUCAGGGAGUAUAGGAGAUGCCACUAUGCAUUAAGCUGUGAAAAAAGUGUGGAAGACAUUAGGGACUAAACUUGAGCAAUAAAAGCAAAACAGACUAUUGAUCUCAUCUGUUUUCAAGUCGGUAUUUGAGAGCACACAGGGACACAUUUCUGGGGGUUAGAACAAGAAUGGCUGAAAUGAAAUCCCUAGCUCAAGGGACUUUAAAAUGUGAGAGGUCAUUGACAACAAGCCUCUGCAGAUAACUGGAAACAUGGGCCAUUUCUGUGUAUAAGUGAGUUUACUUGAAACUCUUGCACAAUAAAUUUGUCAUUAAUGAUCUUUCUUAACUUGCAAGAUUUCUUUUUGUUUACGAGUCUUUUACUUAAACAAAAACUGAGAUGAACAAAAAUACGUGUUGUUUGAUGUGAAUGUCUUAGUGAGCUUGUCACAUUGCCAUGUUACCACUUGUUACCUUUAUCCGUCAAGUACUGACAAUAAAUGUCAUAGUAAACGCUGGCAUACACAAGCAUCAAGUUGCUCUGAUGGUUUGAGACUGUUUGAUUAAAGUACUGUCCAACA